AUGUCGGAUUUACGAUAUUUCCAAACCACCAAAAAAGGGGAAAUCCACGAGCUCAAAGAAGAGCUUCAUUCAAGUCAUAAGGAAAAAAAAAAAGAAGCCAUAAAAAAAAUAAUUGCUGCAAUGACAGUAGGUAAAGAUGUAUCGAUGCUUUUUUCUGAUGUUGUAAAUUGUAUGCAAACAUCAAACAUUGAAUUAAAAAAAUUAGUAUAUCUAUACGUAAUAAAUUAUGCUAAAGUACAACCCGAACUAGCCAUCUUAGCAGUUAAUACUUUUAGAAAAGAUUCAUCAGAUCCUAAUCCUUUAAUAAGAGCAUUAGCAAUUAGAACUAUGGGAUGUAUAAGAUUAGAACAAAUAACAGAAUAUUUAAUAGAACCUUUAAGAAGAUGUUUAAAAGAUGAAGACCCAUAUGUUAGAAAAACAGCCGUUAUAUGUAUUGCAAAACUUUAUGAUAUAUCACCAAAAUUAGUAGAAGAAGAAGGAUUUAUAGAUACACUACUUAACAUUCUAGAUGACAAUAAUGCAAUGGUAGUAGCCAAUGCAAUUAUUUCUUUAACCGAUAUUUGUGAAAAUUCAAAUAAAACUAUAUUAAAAGAUAUUAUAAAUAAAGAUGAAAAUAAUGUUAAUAAAUUAUUAAAUGCUAUUAAUGAAUGUGUUGAAUGGGGUCAAGUUUUUAUUUUAGAUGCAUUAGUUUUAUAUGAACCCAAAAGUAGUAAAGAUGCAGAAAGAGUUCUAGAAAGAAUAUUACCUAGAUUAUCACAUGCAAAUUCAGCAGUUGUCUUAUCAUCAAUCAAAGUUAUAUUAACAUUAUUAGAUAAAAUAAAUGAUAAAGAAUUUAUUAAAAAUGUUCAUAAAAAAUUAAGUCCAUCCUUAGUUACUUUAUUAUCUUCAGAACCAGAAGUACAAUAUAUCGCAUUAAGAAAUAUUAAUUUAAUUACUCAAAAGUUUCCUAACAUGCUUUCCGAUAAAAUUAAUAUGUUUUUUUGUAAAUAUAAUGAACCAGCUUAUGUUAAAAUGGAAAAAUUAGAUAUUAUAAUCCGAUUAGUUACAGAUAAAAAUGUUGAUUUAGUUUUAUACGAACUUAAAGAAUAUUCAACAGAAGUAGAUGUCGAAUUUGUUAAAAAAAGUGUAAGAGCAAUAGGAAACUGUGCAAUCAAAUUACCACAAUCUAGCGAAAAAUGUAUAAAUAUACUUCUCGACCUUAUCGACACUAAAAUUAGUUAUGUAACACAAGAAUGUGUUGUUGUUAUUAAAGAUAUAUUUAGAAAAUACCCAAACAAAUAUGAAAGUAUUAUAACUAUAUUAUGUGAAAAUCUAGAAUUACUUGAAGAAUCAAAUGCAAAAGCAUCACUUAUUUGGAUCAUUGGAGAAUAUGUUGAACGAAUAGAUAAUGCUCAUGAAUUGAUAGAAUUGUUUUUAGAAAAUUUUGUUGAUGAACCAUAUAAUGUUCAAUUACAAAUAUUAACAUCUAGUGUUAAAUUAUUUUUAAAGUCAUCGAAAAAUACAAAAGAUAUAAUUACUAAAGUUUUAAAACUAUCGACAGAAGAAAGUGAUAAUCCAGAUUUAAGAGAUCGAGCAUAUAUUUAUUGGAGAUUAUUAUCUAAAGAUGUUGAAGCAGCAAAAAAAAUUGUACUUACUGAAAAACCACCAAUACAUGAAGAUAAUGUUAUUACAGAUGCUAAAUUAUUAAAUAAACUUAUCAAAAAUAUUUCUAUGCUCUCAUCAAUAUAUCAUAAACUACCAGAAACUUUUAUUGUCAAACAAAAUAAUAAUGACAAUGAUACUAAUUCUCUUUAUGAUGAAAAUGAUGAAACAAAUGAUGAUAACUUUAAUUUAUCGAAAAUUAAAAAAAAAAUGGAAAAACAAAAAUACGAUACUAGUUCAAGUCCUAAUAGAAAAUCAAAUCAUUCUGGAUCAUCUAGUGCAUCCUAUAAUAAUUCAUCCGAUUCAGAUGAUUAUAAAGAUGAUACAUAUGACAAUAAAAAAAAUAUUGAUUUAAUAGAACUUAAUGAAGAUGGAAAUAUUAAUAACAACAAUCCCGAUGAUUCAAAACAAAAAAAAUCACAUCCUCCAGUUAAACUAACACAAGUUUUAACCCCUGAAGAUGCUGGUCUUAAAGGCCAACGCGGUCUUUCCAUAAUGGCGUCCAUCAAUCGUGUCGAUGGCAAGAUAUGCUUAAAAAUCGCUGUAACCAACCAGACCCCAAACCCUCUCAUCGUUUCUGGAGUUCAAAUAAACAAAAAUUCAUUUGGCUUGUCGUCACCUAAUCCGAUUGAAAAUCAGAAUAUUUUCAUGGGGGAGGCAAAAGAAAUCCUUGUCACACUAGCCCCUAACAUGCUGAACUCCAACACACCUCCCACCUACCCAUUGCUCUUACAAGUUGCUAUAAGAACCAAUCUUGACAUAUUUUACUUCAAUGUGCCAUAUGACAUUUUCAUAGUUUUUGUUGAAAACUUUAAUAUGGAAAAAGAUAUUUUUAAGAAAAAAUGGAAACUUAUUGAAGAUUCGAAAGAGAGCAUUUUGAUGGCCACAAGCCCCAUCGUAAUAACAUCAGACAUAUUGAUAAAGAGAAUGAAAAUUUUCAACAUCAAUUUAAUAGCUCGAAGAGCAUCAAAUAAUAUGGAAAUGUACUAUUUUGCAUGUUUAACAACAAACAACUUAGUCAUAUUAAGUGAAGUAAUAAUUCAAGAGGAAAAAAGAACCGUUAAAUUAUGUGUUCGAACAGAUUCAAUAUCAGUCAUCCCCCUAUACAAGAUGUUAUUUAUUAAAGCCUUUUCCCUCACAGUAUCACACUCUUAA